UCUCCCCCAACACAAGCUUCCAAACAAAGAGAAUUAAUGGAAAGUGAGAUUUCCAAGCCUUGUUGCUCGCUUUCUUGCUGUCUUUGGAUUUGUUUACUAUGAAACUGGGGACAACCCUUAUCUGGUUAAUGGGUAUAUUUUCUGGGUUAUAUGAUCUUCCCAUAACUUCCACACAUGCUUAUGGCUUCUACAGAUCUCCACGUCUUUCAAUUUAAAGACAGCAGCGUCCCGCCUCUUGUUGUCGUCAUCCAUGGCUCAUGCUGAGAUCCACGGCAAGCCGGGAAACGAGAGGGGUAAUCGGAGAAGGGCGUUGGUUUUGGGGUUUGGGAGGAGGGUUUCGACAUGACCAUGAUUCCUGCGCGUAAUCUCUCCAAACAGUGUUUUCGCGGCGGUUAUGGUGGUUAUACUGGUAAUUACUUGGACGAGAACGUAUGUCUUAUGAGCAGAUUAGAAGGGUAUGACUGUUGUAGUGAAGCUUGCUUAGGAUCUGAUCUAGUGCUUGCUCCCAUGGCGGAAAAUGAAUCAAGAGCUGAUAGUGUCAAUGAGACAGGCUCCAGCUCGAAAGAUAUGCAGGAAGAUAGAGACGAAGAGUGGCUCCAAUUGAGUAUUGGCGGCCAAAUGACGAGCCAAGAGCGCAAGCAGCACCACCAUCAUCAUCAGCUCGAUCCCAUGUCCGGCCGAGGUGGGAUGGUUGAGCUGAAUCUGUUACCAGGCCGCAGCGGCUUGCAGCAAGGGAGGCCAUUAGGCCCCAUCAUCCACCACCUGCCUGACUUCCGGCCGCCGCCACCGCGGCCAAUUACCAAUAUCACUAACAGUUUUAGCACAUCCUUAUUCUUGCAACAACAACAGCCUGGAGCUGCCUCAAAUUUUCCUCAUCUCCAAGAUAUUAACUGGGCAUUCCGGCAUAUCCCGCAAAAUAUAACAUCGGCUUCUUCAUCCACCUCUUCAUCUUUCAUACCCCAAGCCCCAUAUUUCGCUACACCCUUCCAACUCCACGCCCCCGGAGUAGAUGUAGCUGGGCCGAGCUCGGAUUUCAGAAUCAUCAAUGCCAAUGCCUCCCACAGGCCUCAUUCGGGUGUUUGGUUUCUUCUACAAGCAUCGCAAAACCAGGCCAAAGAACCCUUUUUGCCUCAGAUACCCAAGAGCUACUUAAGAAUCAAAGACGGGAGGAUGACAGUUCGAUUAUUAAUGAAGUAUGUGGCUAAUAAGCUGAGACUCGAUAGCGAAUCAGAGAUAGAGAUAACAUGUAGAGGGCAACAACUUCUACCUUUCUUCACAUUGCAGCAUGUAAGAGAUAACAUAUGGAGUCCAAGAGAUGCACUCACUUUUCUUCAACCAGACUCAUCCACUUCAGACCAUGUCAUGGUUUUAAACUAUGGUAGGAGUGCUUGAAGGAAAAGGGCAAAAAAAAAAACAAAGAGAAAAAGAAAAUGAUGAAUUAAUAUUUCCCAUUACUUAAUUUUCUCCCCAACCCCACAUCACAUGUAUCAUUGCUAAAUUAUGGAACUCUUUUUUCCUUUUUUUCUUUUUUUUUGGGGGUUCCUUUAAUUGGGUCCUAUUAAUGGGUUUUGUUAUUUAUUUUUUGCUUUUGGCUUCUUUGAUUUUGUUCUCUAAUUGAUGGAGAAAAGAAAUAGUAUGAGUAUGACCCCAAAUUGAUAUAUGUGGAUUUUGGGGUUAUAACAUAACCCACAAUGCAUCUGCUGACCCAUGGGGGCUUUGAUAUUUUGUUAAUUUUCUUUUAUGUAAAGAACUUCCAUUAUUAAUUCCUCUCAUUUUUAUCAUUA